CCUAACCGAGACAUCGAUCUUUAACUCAGGUAAUUGACAAUCCUCCCGGUAUUCCAACAGCCUCGAGGUGGCGACCACUUGGAAAGGCUUCCCCCUCCCUCGCGUGCCUUCCUAGGUACUUUCCCGAAUAGCUCGGCCGCGAUUACCGCCAAUCGUAUAUUCUCCGUCGCGUAGUGUCCCCGGCAUGGUUCGACGGUCCGGGGCGAGAAGGCCGAAUCUAGCUGAGAGAGGCUUGCGCGUGAAGAAGGUGCCGGGAGACGGCAAUUGUCUAUUUGCAGCUCUUUCAGACAAACUCUGCGGCAGUCCGAUAUGCCACACCCAAAUACGUGCAACCGUCGUGAGCCACUUGCGGCAGAACCGGCAACAUUUUGCCUCAUUUGUAGAGGAGGAUGAACCACAACGACGACGGACCCUUCGAUCUACUACGUCGGCAGCUUGUCAAGAACCAAAAGAUAGGUUUGAGAAAUAUCUGUCUAGCAUGUCACUCUCGGGAACCUCUGGCGGACACCUUGAACUGCAGGCGUUCUGCGACGCCUUCGCCCGAAUGGUUAUAGUGUACGACACGUCUACCAAGAAGUCUGGCGGGGACGAAAUUACGGAACGAGUCUUCACCCCUCAAGUGGGAGAUACCGCCGUCGUCAAGUCGUCGCUUCGCAUCGUUUUUAGUGGAGAUGGGGAAAAGGAGGGACACUAUGACUCGACCCAAAGCGAAAAUGGAGGGGGCGAGAUAGAGGAGCCUCUUCAUCACUCUGCGUACACUCGGGCUUGAAAAGAUCGUUGGAUGGUGAAGAACUUAAUUUUGUGAGCGAGAAAAUGGACUGGAGAAAUGGACUCACACAGAACAAGAGAUGUCUCCACACAAAGAGUCGUCUCCGCCAACCUCGACGAAAGUCACGGAGACUACAGUGUAAGCUAAAAAGCAUAAGAAGGUGGUAGUGAAUAAUCGGAUGAACGCGAUUCUAGCGUCCCUAACGC